CUCCUUUUGUAGCUUCUCUACUUCUUCUCUUCUUCUCUUCUUCUCUCUUCUUUGUGAGAAAUUGCUUCUUUGGUGUUGAAGAUGGAGAGAUACAAGUGUAGAUUUUGCUUCAAGAGCUUCAUCAACGGAAGCGCUUUAGGUGGUCACAUGAGAUCUCACAUGCUUAGUCUCUCUUCAAAACGUGAUCUUUACCAAGAAGAGGAACGUCCGAGUCAACUCAGUGAGGAAACAGAGUCCGAUGCUUCUUCUUCAUCUGAUGAGGAUUGUGGUGAGUUUGAUGAUCGUAAAAGUACUCGUCUUCAGAUGGUUGAUGAUAAAGAAAUGGAGUUUGGUUUCUCGGAAAGCGAAACAGAGUCAUCGAGGAUUAACCCAACUCGGAGACGAUCCAAGCGAACUAGAAAACUCGGAUCAUUCGAUUUCGACUUUAAAAAGCUGAAGCCGAGUCAAGCAGCAGGUGAAACAGAACAUCAUCAUAGCUCAGCUUCUGACACGACGACAGAGGAAGAUCUAGCCUUUUGUCUCAUUAUGCUCUCAAGAGACAAGUGGAAGAAGAAGAAGACAAUGAAGCAAACUGUAGUAGAAGAAGAAGAUGAUGAUGCUGAUGAGUCAGAUCAUGACUGCAAGAACAGGGGAGGAAGAGGGAGAUUCAAGUGCGAGACUUGCGGUAAAGUGUUUAAAUCUUAUCAAGCAUUAGGAGGACACAGAGCAAGCCACAAAAAGAACAAAACUUUCACAAAAAUAGAGCAUGAGAAAACAGAGCACUCUGUUAAUGGACUCAGUGAGAAGAAAAGUCACCAAUGUCCGAUCUGUUUUAGGGUUUUCACUUCGGGACAAGCACUUGGUGGUCAUAAGAGGACACACGGAAGCAACAACAUCGUAUCAGGAAGAGUCUUGUCUGUAAAUCAUAUAAUCCCUAUUGAAGUAUCAGUGCAACAGAGGAUGAUAGAUCUUAAUCUUCCUGCACCAAACGAAGACGAUGAAACUUCUGUAGUGUUUGAUCAAUGGUGAAAACUGAAAAAAAAAACAAAAAAAAGGUAACAGACUUUGCGUGAUCUUAUCGGUUUAUUAUUAUUCUUUUUUUUUUUGUUUGAUCGAACUCUAAAAAC